AUGAAGUUCAUAUUUAUAGCCAUCCUUAUGGUCACCUCUCUAGCUAGUGCAUGCAAAAUAUUUCAAGAAUAGCCAUUUAAUUAGUAGCAAUAUUCUAGGGAGCAAGAAAUUGCAAUCAAUCUCAAAUUAUCAAAUCACAUAAUCUUGAAUAUGGAGAGUGAAUCAGGCCCUCAUCAGAAGACAUACUCAACUCAACCUAGAAAUCAAGAUUUGAAAACAUUGUUCUAUAAAUUAUUAACUAUACAAGUCUGA